AUGACCUAUCCUUCUAUACCGUCUAUUGUACCCUCUGCUCACCCACCCACUGUCUCCACAUAUGUCUCAUCCACUGAUUCCACUCAAUAUCGGGCUUCCGCCCCCAUCACCAUCAUCGAUCGGUGGAGCCUAGACGAUAUCGUUCAACACCGUCACACUCCUGCGACUACUCCUUCUCCACCUCCUUUCAUUCUACAAUGGAAUGCUUGCAUAGAUUCUUCAUUGACAUCUUUGACAAGGCGAUCACUAUACCACCAUUUGUCCUUCAUGGGUAAUGGAAUUGAGGUUAUGGUUGGCGUCUCAAAUGAUCUAUUGGCCACCCUCAGCUACUCCAUGAUUGUCGUUGAUUUGUGGGUUUCCCAGAAUGUCUACAGAUACAUGAUUUGA